AUGAAGUCCUUCCUCAUCGCCACGCAGCUCCUGGCUGUAGCCAUGGCCGGCGAGCCCUGGGUCAACGAGGUCGACACCGGCUUCGAGACCUACCUCGACAGCACAAACUACACCAAGGGAUCCCUCCCCCUCCUCAAGGACAUCCGCGCCAUCCCCGACUUCGACUGGGCGGCCCGCCAGCACCUCGACAACCAAAAGUACUCCUUCUACCGCACCGGCACUGCCGGCGAGUACAGCUACCGCCACAACCUCGACGUCUGGCAAAAGGUGCAGCUCCGCUCCAAGCACCUGAGCGACGUCACCAAGCUCAACGAGACCAUGGCCACCACCAUCCUCGGCUACAACUUCAGCGCCCCGCUCUUCAUCGCGCCCGCCGCCCGCGCCGUCUACGGAGACCCGGACGCCGAGCUGAACCUCGUCCGCGCCGCCGGGAACGAGAACAUCCUGUACAUCCCGUCCAUGUACGCCUCCAAGUCCAUCGAGGAGAUCGCCACCGGCAAGGUGAACGGUACCCUCAACGGACCCCAGGUCAUCUUCCAGCAGAUUUACACCAACGCCAACCUCUCCGUUACGUGGGAGAACAUCCGCCGUGCCGAACGCACCGGUGCCAAGGCCAUCGUCUGGACUAUUGACGCUCCCGGCGACUCCGUUCGUCACCGUGCUGCCCGCUACGACACCACCAACGCCAACUCCGUCUCCUCUGCUCUGACCUGGGACAUCUACGACCAGAUGAAGAACCAGACCUCCCUGCCCAUUAUCCUGAAGGGCAUCACCACCGCCGAGGAGGCCCUCCUUGCUAUUGAGAAGGGCGCCAAGGCUAUCUACAUCUCUAACCACGGCGGCCGUCAGCUUGAUCACACCCCCGGCCCUCUCGAGAUCGCCUACGAGAUCUACCGCAACGCCCCCGAAGUCUUCCAGAAGGUCGAUGUCAUUGCCGACAGCGGUGUCCGCUACGGUAACGACGUUUUGAAGCUUCUUGCCCUCGGCGUCAAGGCGGUCGGUAUGGGACGUCCCUUCAUGUACGCCAACUGCUACGGUCUCCCGGGUGUCACCAAGGCCAUCAACAUCAUGAAGACUGAGAUUGUCCGUGAUGGAGCCCAGAUGGGUGCGACUGAUGUUCACAACAUCAGCACCAGCUUCCUCAACCUCCGCCAGCUCGAGCAGAAUGUCUACCUCUUCGACCAGCAGUAA